AUGGACGGCACGACUGCAGCGCAGUUUGAGGCCGCCUGGAGUGAGGUGGGGCGGCAGCAAAAGGAACAGCUGAGCGCCAGCAUAGAACGCCUUGAUGUGGAGGUGGAUCGAGAGCUGGCGUUGCUGUUGGCUGGUGUCCGCGACGCACUGACAGAGGACCAACAAUAUAUCCAGUCCGAAUUCGACAAGCUCAUCCACAUGGUGGAGCAGUUUCAACAAGGCGUAGAUAUGUGGCAGCUGAAGGCAAAGACUUCUAUUAAGAUGAUCGAGGAGAAGCAGCGUAGCUUCGCCAUGUUAGUCGAGGAGACGUCCAUCCGCGCAGCAGCGACCCGCAGAGACUCCACUUGUCGACUUCAGAAGCGCGCCGUCGAGACGGAGGCGCACUGCCAACAGCUCUUAGCGGCAGCCAGCACCAGCCUGUAA